UUAUGAAAAAACAAUAUUUUUUAUCAAUUUAUCUAUACCUAAAAUUAAAAUUAUAUUAUUUUGGUUUUUAAUACAAAGUGAUUUAAAAAAAUGAAUUUAAAACAAUCACAAAGUGUUGAUUCUGAUAUGCCGUGCAGUGACCAAUCCACACAAGUAAAUUUCCCAAUAAUAAAUACAACAUUGCCACGUAUAAAGAAACGAUUACAACGUUAUAAUACAACGCAUGAUUUAUGGGCACGGUCAGCACCCAAUAUCAAUAGCAAUAAUAAUGGAAUUCGACAUUCAUCCAGAAGUACACAAAUAUUAAAUAAAAAUGGUAUCAUACAAAAUGGUAUCUUACAAAAUGGUGGUUCAUUAAAUAUUCCAACAAGUAACAAUAACAAUAACAUACACAAUAUGAACAAUAAUAGCAAUACUCCGCCAAUAUCUAGGCCUAGAUCGUUAAUAUUACAUACAUCUAAUUUGCAAAAUAUUUCAACACAAGCAACGGGUGUUAGUAAUAGUUCAGAAUUAAUGACACCAUCGACUAGGCAAUGUGGUGCUUUGACACCAAACGAUGCAUCAAGUGUAUCACUGGAUUCAACACCAUCAGCAUCACGUUGUGCAGGACCAUAUUAUGGACAUGAAAUACUUAGUAUUGAUAAUGAAAAAAAGUGGCAGGGGCCAAUAUCUGCAUACAAUUUUGGCAAAGUAUGGAAAUAUAACACAACAGUCAAAACGCCAAUUAUGCAUAUGGAAGGAGCGGAUACAUUAUCAACUCGAUAUAUGGAAACAUUGCCAACUGCAGGAAACAGUACGUGUGGUUGUCAAUGUCAAUGUGGUGAUCGUUUUCGUGCUAGGCGUGAUAUAACAACUGGCAUGGAACCACCGUGGAUGACUUUACAAAAUAGUAAACAGGAUAGUCCUGAAGGUUUAUCUUGGCGCAGAUUGCAUAUGUCACGUGCUAAAUUGAAAGCAACCGCUACUACCUCAGAAUUAUUAUCAGGUUUUGCAAUGGUGGCGAUGGUAGAAUUACAAAUCAAUGAACCGACUGAAGUUCCUGAGUGGUUAUUUGUGAUGUUUAGCGUAUGCACGACUGUGUUAGUUGCUGUUCAUAUAUUUGCGUUAAUGAUAUCAACAUAUUUACUACCAAAUAUUGAUGCAAUAUCAAAAUUGGAGGUAGCAAGUUUAGUACAUGAAAGUCCACAUGAACGAAUGCGUGGUUUUAUUGAAUUAGCAUGGGCAUUUUCAACAGUAUUUGGAUUGUUUUUAUUUUUAGUGGAAAUUGCAAUAUUAUGUUGGGUGAAAUUUUGGGAUUUUUCAUUUAUUGCUGCUAUGGCAGCAACUGUUAUUGUGAUACCAGUGUUAUGUGUAUUCGUUGCAUUUGCAAUACAUUUUUACCAUUCAUUAGUUAUACAUAAAUGUGAAUCCUCUGUUUCGGAAAUGGAGCAAUUAGAGGAUAUGAAACGUAAACUUGAUAAUGCUGUAAGUCCUGUGUAAAUAAAUCUAAAAGCAUUGUUAAAGUAUUUGAUAUAAAUUUAUUUAAUGUCGAAGAGGCGGCCCUAUCAAGUUUUAAGCAUGGUGCGAGAUUUUAUUUUGGCACUCUGUUUUUCAAAUUUGAAACAUGCAAUAUAAAAAAGUUGUCAAAAACCUCUAAAAUUUAUAGAUACAAACCUACAUAUAAAACUUGGAAAAUAAUUUGUGUUUUCAGUGCCCCUUUAUAAAGACUUCUCGUGCGAGAGCACCACUUGCAAAUCUCUAGAAUCGCUUCUGUAAUGUCCCACCGGAACAUUUGCGACAUAAUUUUGAAUUAUUUACUUAAUUCAUUGUGACGGAUUCUUUCUGCAAAAGCUUGGAGGAUAAAUUAAAAAGCGAAAAGCUUUAAGCAUAAAACGAAAAGUGUGACUUCAAAAUGUGUAGACACGUUUUCCUAGGCAAACCUGAUCCUAGUAACAAAAUACUUAUAAAAUCGAAUUACCGAGGAAAUAAAUAUAUCACGUGGAUGUUUCUGUAAAUUUCGGGUAUUCAUCAGACAUAUUUAUGUCCAAUGAAUAAUUGAGAAUAAAAAGUUUAUUGAGAAAAAUGGUUAUGACAGCAAUACCACACAAUUAUUUUUCAAUGAAAAACCAACUUUUUUAAAUGCUUUCUAAGUGUAUUCACAUGCAAACUAGUAAUAGUCAUUCGACAGUUUCAAAUUAUUACUAGAAUUUUCAAUAAUUCUGUUUCCUUAUUUUCAUUUUUAAAAAUUGCCCAUGAUCUCAACAUGUAGGUAUUAAGCCAUGUAUUCGCUAAGCAGUAAUUUAAGCACAAUGAAAGCUAUGUUAUAUGUUUGGCAAAGUUGAUCAACUGUACGUUUUCAAAUAGCUUCCGUUUUGUCUCUAAACAUAUCAUGUAGACUUCGUGCUUAACAUAUUGAAUGUGAAUAUACAGCUUCAAAGGUAAUCAAUUAAUAUUAAGACUUGUUAAGUAUCGGAAAAUUGUUUUGUUUAAAAAUUUUAUCAAUACUAACGAAUGUAAUGGUAGACUUUAUAUUGUAUCUAUAAAAAAAAGUCUGUGAAUAAAACGGUAUAAAAAAACAGGCGUUUAUAACACUGUGAUAUAGUAAUUUCAAUGUUAAUAUUUUGUUUUAAGAGAUUAUUUAACUUUAAAGAAUAAUUUUAAAGUAAACUUUAUUAUAUAGACUAGUAAUGUGAAUCUUAAUUAAAGAGAAUUGAAAAAAAUACACCUUACUAGGAGUCGAACCCGGUUUCUUUAACUGGACCAUACGAGCGCCGGUUAUAAUUUUUCAACUCAAUUUGUUUAUUUAUUUUAUUUAUGUUUGUUUACAAAAUUUAUACAAACGUAAAUAAUAAAGAGUAAUUGUGUAAUAUUUCGUACUAUGACGAAGUAGCAAAAGACGUGUCUUGAAGUAUCAACAAAAGUCUCUUGAAAAGUUUGCUACUUUAAAAUAAUAAAAAUUUCUUUUUCACUGUCUGAAAUAUUAAAAAAUGGUCUGAUCACCAGAACAAGCAAUAGUAAUAGUACAUGAGCCAGGUAUAAUAAUUAGUGGAAUGCAUCAGCAACUAGUAUAAUAAAGCCUCGUGAACGUCAGUUGCGGUUCCCUGGGGGAGGGGGAUGAGUGGCAGUAGCCUAAUGCAUCAGCUGACGGUCUUUGCACAGAAAUACGGCGAGCUGGAAAACAUAUCUAUCCACAGCAUAUAAACUUUCAUCAGUAAAUUUUUAGUUGAGAGAAAAUCAUUGAAAGUAGUAUAAUGAUAGACCAUGCUAAAGUCAGCUGAUUUUUUUUUCUUCUAGAUAAUGGGU